AUGGUACUUAAGUUUGCAGGCCUUACAUAUGAAAUUUUACAAACAGGGAAGGCGGGUAUUAGGUUGAACUGGAUGGGAAGGCUUAGGCUAGCUCUUGAUUCUGCCAAAGGCCUGACAUACUUGCAUGAGCUUGCUAACCCUGCCAUCAUACAUAGAGUUAUAAAAUUAAAUCACAUUCUGCUGGAUGAUCAUUUGAAUGCUAAAGUUGUUGAUUUUGGUUUGUCGAAACUAUUGGGAGAUGAUGGAAAAGGCUACAUUUCUACUCAAGUGAAGGGAACACUGGGUUACAUGCAUCCUGAAUAUUACAUGACCCAACAAGUAACGGACAAGGGUGAUGUCUAUAGUUUUGGAGUAGUACUUUUCGAGUUAUUAACUGCAAGAUCUCCAAUACAAAGAGGUAAAUAUAUCGUGAGACAGGUUAGUGAGGUGUUCGUGUUGGAGUGUGAUCAUGUUAAAUAAUAAACGCAUGUCCGGAAAUAAUUGAAGCCUACGGGGUUACACGAAAUGACA